UUACGACACAUCAACGUUUCAGCUUCAGCUCGACCUAACCUCUCACACUUCUUCAACUUGGCUGCAAUCUCCGUGCUGCAAUUCUCUUUAUAUAACCCGCCUACCUCGUUGCUUCGUUGCUCGUGUCUUGUUAUCGUUGUCCUUCAAAUCGCUUCUCCAAGUUUGUUGUAAAUAGACCAAUACGACCGGUACUUAGACGAAGUUUAUCCAGCUCGCAAGCAUGGCCGCUGCAUUUCCCCCUGGAGGAACUUUUUUCGACACCCUGAAGAAGAGCUUCUCAGACGUACCGGUUGACGCCGCUAAGGAUAACGCAAUUAGUACGACGGAGUUUCUGGAGGCGGCAGAGAGCUUGGUUACGCUUUUUGAUGUCCUGGGCUCAGUAGCAUUCAAUCCCGUUAAGAGCGAUAUGCUAGGAAAUGUUAAGAAAACUCGCGACCGCCAGCUUGCCGCUCCAACUGUAUCAUCCACUCUGCAGGACCUCGUCCUGAACGAGCUCAAGGAGAAGAAGCACACCGCCACCGAAGGGCUUUUGUGGCUCUCACGCGGUCUCGACUUCACUGCCCAAGCUCUCCGCCAAAACCUCUCAGCCCCCUCCGAAGAGCUCUCCGCAUCGUUCCGCUCUGCCUACGGCAACACGCUCAAACCGCACCACUCCUUUAUCAUCAAACCCAUCUUCAGCGCUGCCAUGGGCGCCACACCAUAUCGCAACGACUUCUAUAAGAAGCUAGGAGACGACGAGGCCAAGGUAAAUGCUGAGCUGGAGAAGUGGUUGGCGGCGUUGGAGAAAGUGGUUGGCAUCUUGAAGGAGUUUAUGGCGAGGAAGGAGGCAAAGUGGUAGACGGUUGCAGGGUCUGGGAGUCGAUGAAUAGGUGAGGCAAUGGCUAAGGGGUAGCAAGAAAUUGAUACUGGGUUGGGAUAUACUAUAGGAUAUAGGAAAACGGAACGCAUAUGA